AUGACAGUAAGUGUGCAAAGGUACACUUUGGGAAAAGAGUGGAGAAUUGGCAUGCAGCUUUUGUAUUGGCAAUCAACACUUAACAAUAGUUUUGAAGGGGUUUGUGUGUAAAGUAAUUGCAGCAAAUGAUUUAUUGACAUGGUAAGGUGAGGUGGUGGCGUUAGGAAAUACAGGUUUACACAGAAGCCCACUUGACUCAAGCCACUCCCAGCUAGCACAUAACGUUCUGAAAACCAUAUGUUUCUUAGCGUGGUUGUCCUACAGAAUGGUUAUUUUGCAUUCAACCUACAUACAACUUUCUGGGAAUGGUGCAGGAUAUUUGCUUGACUUUUGAACACUCUCAGCACAUUUAAGGAACUUGACAAAAUAACUUUAUUUCAUUACUUUAACAGAACAUUUCCUAAAAGUUCAAACAUGGUUACAUUACAUUUAAUUUCAAGUUUGGUAAUGUUCUAGGAAUGUUCUCCAACUGGUUUGAAAUUGGGAAUGUUCUCAAAUAGUUCAGAGAACUUUAAGAAACAACGUUCCUCUGUGUGAAUUCCAGUACUUCAGCAUAACGUUCCCUACAGGUUUCCUCAUGGUUCUAUUUAAAGUAAUGUUCUCAAAUUGUUCCAAGAAUGUUACGAAACAACGUUCUUCUGUGGGAAUUCCAGUACUUCAGCAUAACGUUUCCUACAGGUUUCCUCAUGGUUCUAUUUAAAGUCAUGUUCUCAAAUUGUUCAGAGAACGUUAAGAAAACUUUCCAUAAAAACCACAAGAAAACAUUAGUGACGUUCUAAGAAUGUUAUUUAAAAAUAUAUACCUUCUGUUCUCAGCAUCAACAAAACUCUCUCUAUCCUCUAUCUUUUUAAUUGUGUUCAGGUGUGUUGGCCGUGAACACUAAUUGGCCACACCUGAUCUUAAUGAGUGCUUGUUUCCUUUUAAAUGGGGUCUUUUUGAAUAGACUAAAAUUAACAGCUUUAUGCGUAAAAAACAAUAACAUUGCAUGCUAGCUCCAUCCUGGUGGCGGAGUGGACUAAUUCCAUGGAUACACAACAGACGAUUAUAGGUUUGAAUCUCCCUGAUGCAUGAUUAAUGCCUAAGGAAAUGAAUUUCUAUCUGUGCUUAAUCCCAAAUAAACUAGCAGUCUCAUUGAAACAUUCAGUGAAAGUUUUAAAGCUGCUAUAUGUAACUUUUUGUGCGACUAAUGAGAAUGUAAUUCUCAUUGAAAGCAAGUCUAAUAAGCGGUAGCUCUCUUCUAAGUGUGCUAUUUCUUUGCUUCCUGUUCUUAAGUUUUGUUUUUCCGUCUUUUACUUUCGGUUUUGUAAAAACAGCUAAAGGUACAAUAUUUUGGGUUAUUGAAAAUAUAUGAUUCUCUACAUUAUGCAUUGCUUGUUUUGUCACAAACUGAAAUUAGGCGAACAAUUCGAAUUUUAGCAACCAGGAAAUGGCAGAGAGAUUUCUGCAUAUUGCACCUUUAAGGAAGUUAUUCAAAAACCUCCAAAUAAACUAUAAGUUCCGUUCUCAGAGCAUUAAUAAAACCUCCCAGAAAAAAUGAAGAAGAAGACAGAGAAAACCCUGUGCACAGCAGUGCUUUUAAAUCCAGAUGCUAGUUUUGGCAGGAACAACUAGUAUUAAAAAAACAAGUGUAAAAACCCCACUAGAAAGACUUGAUUUGCAGUGUAGUUGUGAUUGUCUUCCUAAUGAUGGACCUCAAUACUCGAGUUCUAGGAAUCAGUAGGCGAUGGAGUCACACCACUGAUAAACACCCAAACUCUGAUGUGGGUCUUAUCUCCGUUUGAUCUGCCAUCAGCAACAUCAGCUUAAGCCAGGAAGUUUUCCUGUGGUUCACGAUUUCUUCAUCACACUUCCGUCGAUCAGUGUGAUUGUGACGGAUAAGAAAAGGUAUUUUCCUGUCUUCUUCUCCAGAGCAUUCUAUCAUCCCAACAUCCACCCUAAUCCUGGAAUGUUAGGGGUUUUUCCCAGCAGGUGCAUAUCUGUUUCAAGAUUGAUAUACUGUAGAGAUGCAUGAAUAUUGAGGAAAUUCAUAUUUUUUCCCCAUCUUCCUGUUUCCUUAUAGAAUGAUGUCUUCUAAACGAGCCACACCUCCGUUUCCCCCGGCGACAGAGGAAGACGAAGCGAUGGGUCAGGACAGUGUGGGCGGGGCCAAUGAGGAAAGAGAAAGCCAUGACAAGCCAGUCAUGCCCCCUCUGCACGGCAAAGCCCUCCCAGAGGAGCACCAGCCAAUAAGAGACAGCCAGCCUGAGUCGGACUGGGAGAGUAUAGGCCCUACUCAGACAGUGAGACACACACAAACACACACUCUCCAUCAGAUUGACACACUGUCACUGAGCCCUAUACAGAGGAAUCUUCCUCUUUAAGACAAAUGCCUCUUGAAACAGUUUCAAGGAUGUCUUAAGAUGUCGCUGUUAGUCAAAGCCCCUUGUCUUUGAAACAUAAGCCAUCGAAAGUUCUUGGAGGAGAAAACAUACAGAAAUAAACCUCUCGUCAGGCCACAUGUGCUAGAGUGUCUACUGAUGGACAAUGUGGAUUUAAUACCAAACAGUAUGGUUGCGUCCCAAACGACACCAUAUUCCCUAUAUAGUGCACUACUUUUGACCAGAGCCCAUAGAGGGGUAACAUUUGGGAUGCAACUGUCUCUGCUACUAUAUCUCUGCUACGAUAUAACUGGCCCCUGAAUGCCCUUUGCCCUAUGAUGUCAUAAGUGUAGCACAUGACUACGUAAUAAAGCUACAAAUACAUGCAAUUCUGGACUGAGAGACUGCUAGCAUAACAUUUACAUCAUUUAGCAGACAAUCUUAUCCAGAGCGACUUACAAAUUGGUGCAUUCAACUUAUGAUAGCCAGUGGGACAACCACUUUUUUUUUAUGUGGGGGAGGGGGGGGGGGGUAGAUAUGUUAGCUGAUGGAAGGAAGAUGUAAGUUAUGUUUAUUUAAUGUCACAAUAACUCAUUGUCCUACAAAAAGCAUGGCUGAAUCACUCGCCCCAAAUGGCCAUACUUAGUCCUGUGGGAUUAUUUGCUGUAGGGUCAGAGUUGGCUCUUUUUAACCUGAAAAACACCACUAUCUCCAUGUAUGACAGGUAUAAAAUGUACCUUUCACCCUUGCCCCACAGGCUAUGUGUGACCUGUGUCAUUCUUCUGUAUUGAGUUGCAUUCGUUAAUCACAAGAUGGAGGGAGUGGAUAUCCAUAACCGUGUAUAUAGUGCACUAUAUAAGGGGACUGCCUUUGUUGCGAAACCCCUGAGUUAUUGUGUCUGUCCCAAAUGGCACCCUAUUCCCUAUAUAGUGCACUACUUUUAACCAGAGCCCUAUGGGUAGUGCACUACAUAGGGAAUAGGAAGCCGUUUGGGACACAUAUCUCAACUUGACCUUUCCACACUGCCAUGCCAGUCCCUCUGUGCCAAGGUGUCACUCUCUGGCUGCCAAUACAGAGAUUUGCAACCUGGCCCGAGUCUAAAUUCUGCCGUAAGAAGAUGAUUGCCAUGAUUUAAACAACAACACCCACAGCAACAACAACCGCAAACAUUAGUCUAGGGAUAUCAAUAGAGAGGUGGUGAAAAGUAAAAAGUAGGUAUAGAAAUAGAUUGUAUUUUAAGUUACACUUAACUUUGUGGUGAGUGAUUAGUUGAAGUAAUGGCCAUAAGCUACUAAAGAAAAAGUCAUAGUAUUGUCAUUCCACUAAUUCCAAAACACCCCUGUUGUAUUUGUUCCUAUAGGACAAUGCUAGUAGCAAGGGCUGUUCCUUGAACUCCUACCGGAAUGACACUACAUCUCCACCAAAGCCUGAGGAGUGUUCCCAGGAGUGCGGUGAGCUGCUAGGCGGAUCCGCCUUCAGAACACCGGAGCGCCGCAAAGGAAGCCUGGCCGACGUGGUGGACACACUGAAACAGAAGAAACUGGUAGAGCUGACAAAGACAGAACAGGAUGGUAGGAGAUGUCCUAUAACACCCCUCUCUCUGUGUGCAUGCGUAUGUGAGCUCUCCUGCACAUGUGUGUGCGUGUGAUUGUGUGUGUGCGUGCAUGCUCGCCUGCGUAAAUACAGUAUGUUCAGCCUUUACUUUGUGUCCAGAUCCUCUUCGGAGGAUCUUUGAACCUUUCAAUGAGUGACAAAUCCCCCACCCAUAGAUCAUAUAUCUGUGAGAAGUGAAAUCACUAGUUUCCCUUUUCUCACCCUCAGAUCUGGGUCCUCACAUCAGGCUAG